AUGUGGAAACAGAUUAUAAGUAAGCUUCCUAAGAAGUCUUCUUCUAAGAACCAUUCUUCGUCUAACGCCACUGCAUCCACUUCCAAAACUAGUGACAAUGGCGCCGGAAAAUCAGCGAACUCUCACACCAAGAACCCCCCCGCUGCGAAAUCUGCUGCUUCUCCUCCCGAUUCAGGGUUUAAAGAUGGGAACUUGAAAGGAAACGUGAACGGUUUCACGCCGUACGAAGCGUUGCCGAGCUUUAAAGACGUUCCAAACGCAGAAAAGCAGAGCCUGUUCCUGAAAAAGCUGAGCUUGUGCUGCGUUGCGUUUGAUUUCGGUGAUCCAACGAAGAGCGUCAAGGAAAAAGAGAUUAAGCGGCAGGCGCUGCUUGAGCUUGUGGAUUAUGUGGCUUCUGCGAACGGGAAGUUCAGCGAAACGGUUAUCCAAGAAGCGGUAAGAACGGUUUCUGCUAACAUAUUCAGAACCUUGAAUCCUCAGCCUCGAGAAAACAAAGUAGUUGAUGCUUUAGACUUGGAGGAAGAAGAGCCUUCCAUGGAUCCUGCUUGGCCUCAUUUGCAGCUCGUCUACGAGCUUCUCUUGAGGCUUAUCGCUUCACCAGAGACCGACACCAAGCUGGCUAAGAAGUACAUAGACCAGUCUUUCGUCACACGGUUGCUUGAUCUGUUUGAUUCCGAGGAUCCUAGGGAACGAGACUGUCUUAAAACCGUCCUGCAUCGCGUCUACGGCAAGUUCAUGGUUCAUCGUCCUUUCAUCAGGAAGUCAAUAAACAACAUUUUCUACCGGUUUGUUUUCGAGACGGAGAAACACAACGGGAUCGCCGAGUUUCUAGAGAUCUUGGGGAGCAUCAUCAACGGAUUUGCUCUGCCGCUUAAAGAAGAGCACAAAGUGUUUCUGGUUCGAGCUCUUGUGCCUCUACACAAACCGAAGUGCCUGCAGAUGUAUCACCAGCAGUUGUCGUAUUGCAUCACGCAGUUUGUGGAGAAAGAUUGCAAACUCGCUGAUACGGUUAUAAGAGGGCUGUUGAAGUCUUGGCCCGUCACGAAUAGCUCCAAGGAAGUCAUGUUUCUCAACGAGCUAGAGGAGAUACUAGAGGCGACUCAGCCACCUGAGUUUCAACGGUGUAUGGUUCCGUUGUUUCGCCGAGUUGCUCGGUGUUUGAACAGUCUUCACUUUCAGGUAAUUUGUUUAUACCGUUUCACAUUUCUCCAGUUGCAUUUGAGGUUUUGCUGGUCUUGGGAAUGA